AUGUCCGGCCACCACCGCGCCGACGAAAAGCGCUUCCUCGACGAGCGCGGCUCCUCCGCCCCCCUCGCUCCCAACGGCCUCAACCCCGCCACCAUCUUCGAGAAGCCCGUGCGCGAGCGCAUCAUCGACUGCUACUUCUGGAAAGACCAGUGCUUCGCGCUGAACGAGGCCGACAUCGUGAGUCGCGUGGUCGAGCACGUUCACUUCGUGGCCGGUACAUAUGGCGACUCGCAGCGGCCGUCGCCGUUUCUGUGUCUCGCGUUCAAGCUGCUGCAGCUGGGGCCGGGCGAUGACAUUCUGAAGGAGUACCUGGGGUAUGGGGGCGAGCGGUUCAAAUAUUUGAGGGCGCUGGCGUGCUUUUAUGUGAGGUUGACAAGGCCUGCGAAGGAGGUUUAUGAGACGCUGGAGCCGUAUUUGGAGGAUGGGAGGAAGCUGAGGAGGAGGGGGAGGCAGGGGACAAGCUUGACGUUUGUGGAUCAGUUUGUGGAUGAGCUGUUGACGAAGGAGAGGAUAUGUGCGACGAGUCUGUGGAAGAUGCCGAAGAGGGAGGUGCUGGAGGAUUUGGAGGUAUUGGAGCCGCGGGUUAGCGCAUUGGGGGAUAUUGAGGCGUUGUUGGAGGAAGAGGAGGAUGAUGUGGUGAUGUUGGAGGGCGAGAAUAGGAGAUCCGAGAGCGAUGUUGAUGAGGGUAGUGAGGAGGGGAGAGUAAAGAGUCCUGGGGAAGAGUUUGGGAGAGAGAUGAGCGCUGAAAGCGACGGGAGGAGAAGGACAAGUAGGGAAGACGAUGAGAGGAGUGGGAAAGGUGGUUGA